AUGGCUUCCAGAGCCCCAGCAGGUGCCCGCCCGGGUGCUAGGUUCGCGCAGUUUAAGCUCGUCUUGCUUGGAGAAUCUGCCGUCGGAAAGAGCUCGCUGGUGUUGAGAUUUGUUAAGGACCAAUUCGACGACUAUCGAGAAUCGACGAUCGGCGCUGCCUUCCUUACACAAACCAUCUCGCUGGACGAAAGCACGACCGUGAAGUUCGAGAUUUGGGAUACAGCUGGUCAAGAGAGAUAUAAGUCCCUGGCUCCUAUGUAUUAUCGCAAUGCGAACUGUGCCGUCGUUGUCUAUGAUAUCACCCAGGCCUCAUCUCUAGAUAAAGCCAAAUCAUGGGUCAAGGAACUACAACGCCAAGCAAACGAAAAUAUCGUUAUCGCUCUCGCAGGCAACAAACUCGAUCUCGUCACCGAGAACCCGGACAAGCGGGCAAUCCCCACGGCCGAUGCUGAGGCAUAUGCGCGUGAAGCCGGCCUGCUAUUUUUUGAGACCUCCGCCAAAACGUCUGAGAACGUGCGCGACCUCUUCACAGCGAUUGCAAAGAAACUCCCACUUGAUCAGGCCGGACCUCGGAACAUGCGAACAGCGCCCCGUCCUGGUGUAGACCUCCGGCCGGAAGCGCCGGGAACCCAAAGUGGUGGUGCUUGCAAUUGUUAG